CCCCCGCGGGGCCUGCCUGCGCCUGCGCCGCGGCCCCGCGUCUCCCCCAGCGGUAGCGAAGGAGUUUGGAAGUUCAAAAUGGCCGCCGCGGCGGAACCCGAGCAGCGAGCGCCCGAGGUUGAGGAUGCUGAUGCAUCUGAGAAAAGUGUAAAUGAAGAAAAUGGGGAAGUAUCAGAGGCAGACCAACCUCAGAACAAGCACAGCCGGCACAAAAAAAAGAAACACAAACACCGAAGUAAACACAAGAAACAUAAACAUUCUUCAGAAGAAGAUAAGGACAAAAAACAUAAACACAGACACAAACAUAAGAAACAUAAACGAAAAGAGGUAGCUGAUACCUCUGACAAGGAAGAUGGACCAGCUAAAAGAACUAAAAUUGAUUUUUUAGCUCCUCUGGAAGACUUGGAGAAACAAAGAGCAUUGUUGAAAGCUGAACUUGAAAACGAAUUAAUGGAAGGAAAAGUCCAGUCUGGGAUGGGAUUAAUAUUACAAGGUUAUGAGUCUGGAUCUGAAGAAGAGGGGGAGAUUAAUGAAAAAGUACGAAAUGGAACAAAACCCACAACCAAGUCGAACACUAAGGGGAAAUUAGAACCUGUGGACAAUAAAGCUAGUUCCAAGAAAGGAAGUAAGAGUGAAUCAAAAGAAAGGACUAGGCACAGAUCUGACAAAAAGAAGAGCAAGGCAGGAGUUGAUGGAAUCAAAGAGAAGACAACUAGAAGCAAGUCCAAAGAGAGGAGGAAAUCGAAAAGCCCUUAUAAGAGAAGUAAAUCCCAAGAUCAGACAAGGAAAUCUAGGUCUCCAAUGCUUAAAAGACGAUCUCAGGAGAAAAACAGGAAGUCUAAAUCCCCUCCAGAAGAUAGAAAUAAGGUGGAUGAUAAAAGUAAGUCAAGAGAUCGCAGAAAGUCUCCGGUUGUAAAUGAAAACAAAAGCAGAGAUCGUGGCAGAAAAUCUAAAUCUCCAACAGAACUAAGAAGCAAAUCCAAAGAUAGAAGAUCACGGUCCAAAGAUAGAAAACCUAGGAGAUCAGAGACUGAAAAAGAAAAAAAGCCAAUUAAAUCUCCUUCUAAAGAUGCUUCUUCAGGGAAAGAAAACAGGUCCCCUAGACGACCUGGACGUAGUCCAAAAGGAAGAAGCUUAUCUCCAAAACAACGUGAAAAGUCAAGAAGAAGCAGAUCCCCUCUCUUUAAUGAUCGUAGAUCUAAACAGAGUAAAUCCCCCUCUCGAACGCGGUCUCCAGUUAGAAGAGUAAGGAGCAGGUCUGCAGAAAGGAAAAGAAGAGAAUCAGAAAGGAGGCGUCUGUCUUCUCCCAGAACGCGGACCAGAGAUGAUAUUUUAUCUCGACGUGAGAGAUCAAAAGAUGUCAGCCCACCCAGCAGAUGGUCCCCAUCCAGAAGGAGGUCUCGGACCCCCAUUAGAAGGAGGUCUCGUACACCCCUGCGGCGUAGCCGAUCUCCGAGAAGGCGGAGCAGGUCUCCUCGGAGGAGGGAUAGAGGUCGAAGAAGUAGAUCUCGCCUUCGAAGGAGGUCCAGAUCACGUGGUGGCCAUAGACGUAGGAGCAGAAGCAAGGUUAAAGAAGACAAAUUUAAAGGUAGUCUUUCUGAGGGUAUGAAAGCUGAACAGGAGUCUUCAUCAGAUGAAAACCUUGAAGACUUUGAUUUGGAGGAAGAGGAUGAAGAAGCAGAGAUCAGACAAAGAAGAUUACAGCGGCAAGCAAUUGUUCAGAAAUACAAAGGCCAGACAGAAGACAGUAAUAUAUCUGUACCAUCUGAACCAAGCAGUCCUCAAAGCAGUACUCGUAGUCGCUCUAACUCGCCAGAUGACAUCCUAGAAAGAGUGGCUGCUGAUGUUAAAGAGUACGAACGGGAAAAUGUGGACACGUUUGAGGCAUCAGUAAAAGCCAAGCACAACCUCAUGACAGUUGAACAGAACAAUGGUUCAGCUCAGAAGAAACUGCUAGCUCCAGAUAUGUUCACAGAAUCAGAUGAUAUGUUUGCUGCAUACUUUGAUAGUGCUCGGCUAAGGGCUGCUGGGUUUGGAAAAGACUUCAAAGAAAACCCCAAUCUCAGGGAUAACUGGACAGAUGCAGAAGGCUAUUACCGUGUUAAUAUAGGUGAAGUUCUAGAUAAACGUUACAAUGUCUAUGGUUACACUGGUCAGGGAGUCUUCAGUAACGUAGUACGAGCCAGGGACAUGGCAAGAGCCAACCAAGAAGUAGCAGUUAAAAUCAUCAGGAACAAUGAACUUAUGCAAAAAACUGGCCUAAAAGAACUGGAAUUUUUGAAGAAGCUCAAUGAUGCAGAUCCUGAUGACAAGUUUCAUUGUUUACGGUUGUUCAGGCAUUUCUACCACAAACAACAUCUCUGUCUGGUGUUCGAGCCACUCAGUAUGAAUUUACGAGAGGUGCUAAAAAAGUAUGGGAAAGAUGUUGGGCUCCAUAUUAAAGCUGUGCGUUCAUACAGCCAGCAGUUGUUCCUGGCUUUAAAACUUCUUAAAAGAUGCAAUAUCUUACAUGCAGAUAUUAAGCCAGAUAAUAUUUUGGUUAAUGAGUCUAAAACAAUAUUGAAGCUUUGUGAUUUUGGAUCAGCUUCACAUGUUGCAGAUAAUGACAUCACACCAUAUCUAGUUAGUAGAUUUUAUCGAGCUCCAGAAAUCAUUAUAGGAAAAAUGUAUGACUAUGGUAUAGAUAUGUGGUCUGUAGGCUGCACAUUAUAUGAACUUUAUACAGGAAAAAUACUCUUUCCUGGAAAAACCAAUAACCAUAUGUUGAAACUAGCCAUGGAUCUCAAAGGAAAGAUGCCAAACAAGAUGAUUCGAAAAGGUGUGUUCAAAGAUCAGCACUUUGAUCAAAAUCUCAACUUUAUGUAUAUAGAAGUAGAUAAAGUGACAGAAAGGGAGAAAGUUACAGUUAUGAGCACCAUUAAUCCAACCAAGGACCUGUUAGCAGACUUGAUUGGGUGCCAACGACUCCCCGAAGACCAGCGUAAAAAAGUACACCAGCUAAAGGACUUGUUGGACCAGAUUCUAAUGUUAGACCCAGCUAAACGGAUUAGCAUCAACCAGGCUCUGCAGCAUGCCUUCAUCCAGGAAAAAAUAUAAACCAGAUGAAGAAGUUCAAAGGGUUUGAGUAAUUAAGAUACAAAGACUGAAGAGAUUUCACAGCAGUUAUUAAUGUAUAUAAACAUAAAUAUUUGCCCUGCAAAGUUGAGGAAGAAAUGACACAUUUGAAUUAACAACAAGGCUGAUAUUUCUUUUAGAAAUGUUAGAGUAAUUCUGUUUCGUGUCUUACGUGAAAAUUUUCACUGUAGAACCGUUUUAAUUGCCAAGACUGCACAGAAGUACAAUGCUAAUGUAUAUGGUUGCAGUUCAUAUAUAUUAUAAAAAAAGCAUCUGUUAUAAAAAAGAAAAAAAAAAAAAAAGGAAAGAAAAAAAAAAAAGAAGAGCAGUAAUACUGGGUGGUUGAUUUGUUUUUAGCAGACUUGGCUUCAUUUUUGUCUUUAAAAAAUGGCCAGCAUAAAUGCUGUUUAUAUUCACAUUUUCCUAGGUGUGUGUGUGCAGGCCACAGCAGCAUGCCCUUGGUGUAGUCAGUGCCGAAGGGGGUCUGUUCCUUCUUGAGCCUGCCCGCAGGGAUGGUCUCCUCUUUUAAAGCAGGUUGUGUACAACUUUCAGUACACUGAAGGUAAGCUAACCCAUCAACAUCACCGGUGUUUAAGCUGUUAUUUUACUGGAACAACUGACAAAUGAGAGACAAUAAUAGCAUUGUGGCAGAAUUCCCUGCAUGUUUGAUAAAUGGUCUUGUUUUAUUUUCUGGCAUUGCAACCGUGGCAUAGUUACAGCUUCUGUUCUGUUCAUCACAUUUAAAAUUUUGAGAGUGCGCACUUGAUGGAUAGAGCGCCUUCAGUGUACUGUUUCUUAUUACUUUAAUUUUUUUAAUCAACUUGCUAUAGACUUUGUAUACAUUUUGUUAAAUACAGUUCACUAUGACAUAGAACCAGUACUUAAGGACGAGUUUUCAUUUAGUAAUUACCUAUGUUGGGAUCUCAUUCGAAAGACCUUAUAUCUAAAGGAUAGACAACAUAAUGAAAAUUUUUAACUAUUUGUAUGUCAUUUUGAAAGUGUACUGCUUUAUGCUAAAAGUGUUUCAUUUGUUCAUUGUUUUCAUUAUUUGUGAUCAUGUUGUCUUUCAAUACAGGCAUAAACCUUCCACUCUUGAACAAAGCAGCUGCUUUUUAAAAGCGGUAAUUGCUUCUUUACCUUUUAUUUCUUUUGUAAAUGAGGCUUUUCUUUAAGAAAUGUGACUUUAAAGUGUUGUCUCUUGCAUAAAACAGUUGACACUUACUUAUUGUAAAGUGAAGAUUGUUCUGCUGCAUGUAAAGUGGACCAUGCAGAUUUCUGUAUGUUUUCAGUAUGCAUCAUUAGAUAAUAAAGUCUUUUGUGAACAAGGCA